ACCGUACCUCCUUGCUGUAUCGUCCGAUGCGGAUUUCCCCUAAAUCCGUCAUCACAAUAUUUACCUUCAAAAGAACCCGAAGAACCGUCCAUUCCUUUGCAACUUUAGCUGCCCCGCAAUCUUCUAAAAUUCAAGCAAAAUGUCAGCCCCUGCAGCAAGUCGUCAACUCAGUGCUGGUCGGGAUAUUCCAGCGAAAAGAGUAGCCGUCGACGACCCAUCGCAGCUUCCACAAGAUUACAGCACAACGCCAGGAGGCACAUUGUUUUCAACGACCCCGGGAGGAACACGCAUCAUCUACGAUCGUCACUUUUUGUUGAAUAUGAGGAAUUCUCCACUGAGCCAGACUCCUCCUAAGAACUUGCCUUCAAUUCCAGGAGUGACCUGUCCAGAAGUGACCAGUGACAAACCUAAUGGUGAAAGCAAGGCUCCAAAGAGUAAAACAGACACUGCUGAUGAUCAGUUUCAAAUGGACAUCUGAGACGGAGGACCAACAUACAGAUGACAACUGUCUAAGAAGGCUAGUUAAGACAAAAUAAGAAAAGAUGUAUACUGCGGGUAAAGAAGAUAAAUGAUCCUGAAUUGUUUAUUUCACCAUCGCAGUUCUGUUUGUUUUGUUUACUUAAGUUCCUGAUGGGGACAAAUCUGAAUUUAUUCUCAAUAUUAUGGUAUCAAUCAUGUCCUUUCAUGUAAAAUCAAAACCUUAUCAUAAAUAUGGGUAUUUUUUCCAAACAUAUUCUCCAAAGAUAAGCUAGAUUGAGAAAAAAAAACUAAGGUUCUAUUAAAAUCUCCUGAAUAAAGAUGUUGUUAUUCAAACAAACAAGGGGCAAGAUGCUUAGAAGUGUAGCAUGAAUAUUAAUUAUGAUAUGAAUAUUAAUUAUGAUACACAAAUAUAACACUAAUCAGUUCUCCUUUGUGUUUGUUUUUUUCUUCUCUCUAUCAAUACAAAGUACAUAUAUGUUUACAACACAGAUAUUUAGGUGCAAUACAUUUUUUACAACAAAGGUGUCAUAUUUUUUUUUCAGUUCAAAAUAUCUGUUUUCCAUAAAUAUUAAAGCUUAACUUUGCAAUCUUGACAGGCAAAGCCGUUCAGUCAAAAUAUUGUAUUAUUAUAUUUUCUUUUAGUAAAUAACUCUCUUUGCAAUUUUAUUGCUCUAAAUGAAAGAUGAUUUCAAUCAUUAGGAUGACCAUAUAAGGCAAACAUAUUAGUAACUAUACUGAAAUCACUCUACCUUACAAGAAAAUGAUAAAUAACCAAUAAAAUCACCUGUUUGCAUUAAAAAAUGCAUUUUAAAAUUGCAAUUUAUUUGUUUUAUUGAAUAAAGUGUCCAUAUGCUUGAACAUCGACAUGAUGUUACAUCAAAGAUUUAUUUUGUUUACUGUGCCAUGUCUUCAUUUGCUUGGAAAAGAGAUUCUCAAUUAUAAAUGCAUACAGAUCCCUAUUGAGGUUUAGAGGUAUAUCAGAGCACUGAGUAUUUUUAUGUGCAGGAAUUUUUCAUGGGAAAGGAGUACUGCAUUUGAUCUCUCGAACCAAUUUAUCUAUGUUCAUCUUGUUCCAGUGUUGUAUAUUCAAACAUCUUAUAUAGGAUAUUUCUUGCAGCAGCUCUAUCUCAUAUUAAAAUGUUUCACUGCUCAGUCACUCCCCAGGGAGUGGAGAUUGUGCAUACACUGUAUGUAGACAAACCAGAAUCCUCUAACAGGGCUACUCCGUUUUAAAAUGCUUUGAUGUUGUCCUGAUGUAAUAAUGGAUUUGAUGAUGUAUUCUUCAUUAUGAUCAUUAUUUUUCAAUGUCACCUUGUUAUUAUGCAGUUUAGGCUAUUAUUAGUUAACCAGCCAUCCAUUUUUCCAAUCAUUCUCUCUUUAGCUGGUCUACAGAUUAAAAAAAAAGGCCCUUCACUUAGGGGUUCUUUAACUUCUUUUUAAAGAGAGGAGAGAAAAUAUCAUUUUAAAUUAUGAUAUCCUUGCUAUUAUAAUGGAAGUUAUAGCUAAAUUACCUCAGUAGAUUGUACAUAGAACAGGGCCCCGUCUUACAAAGAGUUACGAUUGAUCGGAUCAAUCGCAACUAUGGACGGCCUGCAACAUCAACAUGUAUUAUGCAUAUAUUUGUUCAAAAUAUUUUCUAACUAUGACGUAUACUUAUACAUUCAUUGUUUUUUGUUUUCGCUGUGCUUCUCUUCGUUUACAAAGGACAAUAUGCCAAUUUCCUAUAGAAAAAAUUAUGGCAGCGAUGGAUUUCCAUAGAGUAACGAUUGAUUGGAUCAAUCGUAACUCUUGUAAGACGGGGCCCUGGAUAUCCUUUCCAACCAUUAUUGAUUCUUCAUUGAGCUAAAUACACUGUAGUUGGGCAUGAAAGUUUGCUUACGCAUCGUAGGAAAGUUGGACUCUACUCAUCCCCACCUUCCGUGUGAAAUUGGAAGACCAACUAUUCUUGACACUCUCCAAACAUACUCCUUCGUUUUCACCAGUCCAGCCUCAAAGCCUUUGAAAUGGUAUACCUUGAAGAAUGAAGUUUACCUACACAGAUAAUAUUGGAUUGUUCCCUAAUGAUAUUUUACUAGUUGGUGCACUCAAUGCGUAUUUAAAAUGGUAUAGUAUACCCACCUCGCUUAGUAAUAGAUUGUAAAGCCAGUGGAAAUAUAUGAGGCAUUUAAAGACGUCAUUAUCACAUGAUAAUGCUCCGUAGUGUUAUGAGUGGAGUCUCUUCUUUUCUCCCUGCAGACAGGGCUGGUGUAUGUAAACUGCCCUAUCACAUUUACAUGUAUUUGCAAUGAUGUCAUACUUCCAUCAUGUGAACUGUAAAUAUUUUCAAAACGGUGCUUUCAUACCCAUCCAAUCACAAGAAUACCUGUAGAUUAUUAGAACUUAUUCAGACCUCAAAUAUAAAGUACCUGAACAUAUCUUUCUUGUAUUCAAACCACCUGAAUCAAAUGAAUUUCCAAUAGUAAUAAGCCAGCAAUAAGACUCUUGCAUUCUCUUUACAAGGAUACCCGUUUUUCUCAGUUCGCUUCUUAAGUUCUCAUCAUUUCUUUGAACUAAUAUUCCUUCAACCUUGUUGAACUCCUUGCCAAAGUUCUCUUGAUUAUGAAAAGUGUCUACUCUCAGUUAUUUUCUUCUGGGAUAAUACAAGUAUUUUGCUUCCACAUUGAUAGUAAAAUACCGGGUAUUUUCUGAACAGGAUAGAAUUCCCGAUCCGCAUAUACCAGGACAUUUUCUGUGAUUGAAUUGGUAUGAGAGCACUACAAGGCACAUCAUGCAACAAAAUUACUUCUUAGUAAUUGGUUUACCCAAAGCAUUCCUUUUUCUAAGCAGAAUUUUUGUAUUUUGACCGAAGCUGUCAUGUUUGUGUCCCUUGUCAAACGAGGCAAUGGUGCUUUUUUUUUUCAAUGUGAUUGGCACGGCAAUAUUUAUGCCUCCGCCCACAUUAUUGGUUGCCAGGCAUUGUGUUUUCAGGGUCGUCCCAUGUUCGCUCUUGCAAGUUACUAAAGAUCAAUUUGAAUCACAUCUUGAUUGCUCCGGAAACUAUCUGAUUAGUUUCCGGAGCAAUCAAGAUCAGACUCACAGAGGUCAUUAUGUACACUGAAGUAUGUCUUACUUGCAAUAACUAAGUUCUAACUGUUUUAGUGUUCAUCUUCACACUUCACUCAUGUCACAUAUAGACCUUAAGACCGAAAUAUAAAUCUAUUUCGGUCAGGAGACUUCAUCUGGCUUCACGGCUUCCCUUCCCUCCAUGUGCUGGAGGAGAACUGAGAAAAAUCAGAAAAUGUUUUUAAAAAUCUCCAAAACAGCUGAUUUUUAAGUCUAAAAGUCCUAAUGCACAUGUGUCAUCGCUUUCUCACAGAGGCUAUGGGAAAACACGUAUUAAAAUCAGAGAAGCGCCAGCUGCAGAUCACUAAUGCAUGCAAGGCAAUGGCCUCAGCCUCUAACAUGGCGCCGUGAUGUCGUCAAUAAGGUAUAUUGGAGUGAUGAUUUUCUGAUUAGAUUUGGGGGUCAACGGUGAAAUGUCAAUUUCAAACUUCAUAUCACAUUGGAGUGACAAUUGUCUAAUUCGAAUUUGGGUUCACAAGGUCAAAGGUCACAUACCUGUUUGUGAUUAUUGGAGAGAGAAAAAAUGAAGUCGGGCGUGGAAAAUAUUCUUGAUCGGGCAGUGGCGGAGGCAUAAAUGUUGACUUUGUGCUGUCAAGGAUCUAUAGAUCUAGUUUUCAUCUAAAAAGGUUAGAAUUCAUCGAAAUACAGCAAUGCAGAGGUUGUGUCGGAAUCUCCAUUGUUAACAUUUUUAGAUAUUUGUGCUAUAUUCCUUCGGACUUUUGUUGCCUAAGAGGAGGUGUCUACUUGAUUAUCUUUCCACUUUGGCAAGCAAACUGUUACAAUGGAGAGAUUGCUUCAGUAUUUUACAUGGAAUUAUUUUUAACAAAUUUACUAUUGGGACCAGGUAAAAUUCCCUGUGUAGAGCUUAUGGGAAUUACAGAAUUCAUCUUUUUUUUUCAAUUUCUCUUUUUUUUAUAUCCAGCAACCAUUAUCUUAUAUAAUACCUGACUUUAAAAAAAGGAGACUUGCUUCACAGGCAUUACAAAAAAAAUCUUGUCCUUAGAUUUUAUGUUUUCACUGGUGUACAUGCAUGGUCUAAUUUAGCAUGCUAGAUAUUUGACCAAUUAUAGGUCUGCAAAUUCUUGCUAACAUUAAUAUUUUGACUGUUAAUGUGCGAAAAUAAGCAAAGAUCAUGAACUCCACAUUAUAGUCGGGUUAUACAGAAUUUAUUUUAUUAAGACGAAAUGAUUGAAAAUCUAUUUUCUUUCCUGCCUACCCCCAUUUACCCUGGACACUUGGUGAUCCCUGUAUUGGGCCAGCGGGCGACAGUUGGUGAUAUCCUCCAUGUGUCAAACACAGUAUUAGUUGUAUACGGUUGCCCUACAUUUAAUAUUACAUUAUAGAUCAUGUCUUGAGGUAAAUGAAUUGGUACAAAGUGCAUCUUGUCAAACCAUUUUGCACCUCAAACAACCAUUGUAGCAUGUUUAUUUCAGGGUGCAAUGUUUUAACCCCAAACAAAGAAGCAGCAGAGUUACAGCUAGUCUGUGAUUGCAAUUACAUUAUCUGUAUCAAGUUACCAGUAAUUAUGCACCUGAAAUGGUGCACAUUUGAUCUGCUUUCUGUACCGUGGUGUAAAUGCAGUAUUCUGCACCAUGUAUGGUGCAGAAUGCUCCAUAAAGGUGCACAGUUAUGAUCGUGAGGGAGCUCUCGGUGCCGUUUUUCACGGGAGCAAAAAUUUAUGUUCGCUCAAUUGAUUUGUUCUUUCAGAGAUCGUAGAACGUUCUUUCAGUAAAAUAAUGUGUUUCUUUGGGAUAAAUUGUUCUGUAAAAUUUUGAAUAGUUGCUGAUCAAAAUUGUCUUUUUAUCUCAUGAUUAUGUGUUUUAUGUGAAAAUUAUUUUGGGUCCAAUGCUAUCAUGUUGAUAUUCUGUCACAUGAUUUGUCACAUGAUUACAGGAAUUUGAGAGAGUAUCAAACAAAUAAUGCUCAUCUGUCACAAAGAUAUUAAAGCUCCUUACAUUAUGAAGAAUGAUUCAGAUGCAUUGAGCAUGUUCUUGAUUUAUAAUUUUGUGUUUUUCCUGUUUGUAACAUGAGAUGAACUUUGAUUAAUCUCAUGUUGAAUGUAUUAUGUAAAGGCAUUGUGCUCACCACAGGCUCGGAAAUACAAAGCGUAGCAAUUAAUCAUAGACUUUACAAUGGAUUGCAAUUACAUUGUCCACAUUGUAUCAAUCAAUCAAUAUAAUGCAAAUCAAUUACAUGAUUGUUGACUAAACUUUGUGUAACUGUACCCAUAUGUCUACUACUAGGUGUAAAGGCAUCUACCAGUGUACUUCCUCUCAAUAACCUAUUGACCCAGGGGGUGGUUUCAUAAAACUGUUCAUUAAGUUACGAGUGACUUAGCAAAUGACCGGAGUAUGAAGUUCCAUUAAAUGAGCCUGAACUGGGUGUUAGCUCACUGAUCAAUGACUGCUUUUAAUUAAGUUUGGCAGAUCUCAAUACUCUAAUGUCAUUGAGACAAAAUAGCCUGAGCACUAAAAAUGUCAGUUCAUAGUAUAAAAGUUACUUACCUAGCAUAUUUCAGAUUUAGCAAAAGUUAUGAGAUGAUAAUAUGCUACAAUCCACGUGGCUUUUCAUAUUCUAGUUCAUAAAGUAACAGCUACAUGUGAAACCCUGAUAGUCAUAUCAAUCAUUUACUUGUAAGCAAUAGGAGUUGACUGUUGUUAUUGAUUGCAAACUGAACCUACAUGUAGCAAAAAAACGGCUUUUUAACUUUCUAGUACUGUUAUUACUUGCUCUGCACUAUAUUGUUUUUCUAGAUAUGCUGCUAGCUAUAAUACUACGUGAAAGAUGCUGGAGAAUGUUUUAAUUUGAAUAUCAAACAAAAAUGAAGGUGAAAAUACUGAGACGGGUUAUUGUGUGACAGGACUGAUAAGACAUGUUCUGUUGCUGUGAUCAACGUAUAUGGGUCAGAGCAUAGAAUAUUGUAAUUGCAAUGCCCAUUAAGAAAUCGAUACACUGUUUUUUAUGAGGAAUGAUGUAUGUCUAUUUUUGUUUGCAUAAUUGCAUGUAUCUUUUUCUGGAACCAGACAAUGUAGUCGCGCGCAUACUUGAUGAUAUUCUUGACCACUUUUGAACCCUAGAGUGGACAUGAUAUACACAUCCCAGGCAGCUAUGGUAAUUGUAUUUUGAUAUCCAUGUAUCCAGUUCUCUACCCUACAAAGGCACUGAAACAUUAAAAACAGUUCCUUUGAAAGUAAAGCCGGAGGUAUAUCCAUUUCAAAUGGAUAAGGGGCCUGAAAACUGAGAAUGGUGAAACCAUGUUUAUUUCAGUUACAAAUUUUCAACCCCAUUCAUUGUCCAUUUCUUGUUAAACAUUCAUAAUUUAUUUUGAAUAUAGAACUAUUAUGAAUUCAUUAAAGAAAGACUGUAUGGAAAGAGUUAUUAUAAUGACAAUGUGAUAUUAUAUGUUUCUGAACCUCAUUAAGGCCACCUAUGGCGUUCCUUCUUAUAGAAAGGGAAAUAAAAUGACUACCUGUGAAUAUUUCUUAUUUUAAA